AUGAGCUUCGAAAAUUCCGUGCCCAAUAGCUCACCAAGCCAGUCAGAUGAAUUUUUCAAUACAAGCAAGCUUGCAGGAGAGGAUUGCUGGGCGUGCGGCCGUACCCCAGUGCACGAGUAUCGUAUGAUCAGCGAUGACGAUGCACAGGUUGAAAUAUGGCGUAAACGAGGUCUCAUCGAUUUCCCCCUCGACUCUCCUCUCAACACCAUCCACCUCUGCCCAGACUGUGAAACUCAAUUCGACAUGCCUGAUGGUUGCUUCGGAUUUAUACUCAUUCCAGAAGACAUGUAUUUCUUUACCAGAUAUCCUGCCCCCAAAAAGAACCCCAACAACGGCAUGGUAGGAGGACGUUACAGGCGUGUCUUCCUCAAUGGUUCUCCCUCCUAUUCUCAGAAAGAGGAUAUUUCUACGCCAAAGGAAUGGCCAGAAGCUCCUAUUGCUGCGCUCAGAAGGGCUAUGCAAGUUCUUGGGACCCUUUACAUGAUUGAGAUUGGAAAUGAGGCGCGUUAUACACUGGGUUGGCUGAAAGACCCUUAUGCCUAUAAUGACAAGGAUCUCAGAGAGUAUCUCUCAAUAUAUCAAGAAGAAAGAUAUAAGAUUUACGGACGCCCCGCUAAAGUCGACCAGCAAUCACCAAGUGAUUCGACGAAUGAUUCGCCUGGUGGUUUGCCCGGUGGUGGUUUUCCCGGUGGUGAUUUGCCCGGUAAUUCAUCAAGUGAUAAAAGGAGCGAGCGCUCAUCAGCUGCCAGCGAACCGGAAAAGCUCAAUGAUCAAAGUCAGACUACUAUCCAGGAAUGUGGAUUGGGUCCUGGACCGAAAAGAGGAUGUUGCUCCCCUAUCUAA